UUUCAAUGUCGUCGGAUGUCGUUUCAGAAAUAAUCAGAAUUCACAUUGUUUACCAUUUCUCUUGCGUCACGUUGAGUCAUCAAAAGUUUUUCAAUCUGGAUUCCAUCGUAAAAAAAGUUCGCCCCGAACAUUUUUAUGGAUAACUCAGAAGCUGGAGGAUCGUUCCUCCUCUACGAACAAGACGGAGUUUUGUUGACUACCAAGGGAAUCAGUGGUGACAACUCUAAUCUUCAUCUGGGAAAACUGCGCAUUGUUAAAGAGAAAACGGGGAUAUAUAUGUUAUGGUUAAGUGAAGAAAAUAGUGCAGGUCUACCAUACUCUGGCUCUACAGACACUGAUUGGACAGUAAUUAAUCCUAAUCAAGGUUCAGUUGGUUAUCAUAGCAAUGGUACUGGAAGACCUAUUCGUUUUGAAGUUGAAGAUUUGAAAUGCAUUUGUUUAUCUCCUAUUUCUGACAGCAGUGGACAACCUAGAAGGCACACAAGUGGGGCAAAGGCUGAUCCUGGUCGGACGUGCAGUGUAACAUUUGUGCAAACUGAUGGAACUACAUAUUCUAACCUUAUUUUUCCGGGUGGAUCAACUCAUGGUCUUCUUGAUGCUCUUACUCAACAUUUAGUGUUAAAACGAUCUUGCCAUGAUGACUCGAUGAUUUUGUGUGAACCCAAGACCCCUAAAUUAAGAAGAGAUCCAUACGAGCGAUCGUUAGCUGAGCUGCGCCUUUUCCCUGACCGAAACCCAGCUAUGCAUUCAGCCGGAUAUGCUAGAUUAGGUCAAUUGGGUCAGAUCGGUGUUGGAGCUUGGAGAUUCGUCAAUGACUUAAAGAGAGAUCCCUACACUGCAACCAUGACUGCUUUUUCGAAAAUAUCAGACUACUUACUCCACGAAGAGGUGAAGGCCAAUGAAGAUAUUGCAGAGUUACUUCAGAAAAGUUUAACACUAGACGAGCCCACGACUACAGCCCAAAGAGUUCCAAUUGCGAGUAGUAAUGAUGCUGACGAAAGCACAAUGCUAGUGGGCAGCUCAGAUUCGUCAGUUGAAGGUUACGAAGUAAUUCAACCGCCAGUGGCAGACCUUAUCCCGAGACCAAGAGUUAAUCGAGGACAACCCUUAACUGAAAUCGAAUGGCAAACUUAUUUCGAUGAAGAAGGGAGAAUCGAGAAAUCCCAAGAAAUCCGCAUCAAAAUAUUUCGGGGGGGGAUCGAGCCAUCUAUCCGUAGUGAAGUGUGGAAGUUUCUUCUAGGCUACUAUCCCUGGCACACGAGUCAGGUCGAAAGAAAAGAGUUACGCGACAAGAAAGUCGAGGAAUACUUUCGUAUGAAGCUUCAGUGGCGUUCACUUUCUGCUCUCCAAGAAUCCCGUUUCGCCUCCUUCAAGCAACGAAAAGAUUUGAUCGAAAAAGAUGUCAACCGAACAGACCGGACCAUUUCUUACUAUGCCGGCGAAAACAAUACAAAUGUUUCUACUCUUCGUGAUGUCCUGAUGACCUAUUGUUUGUAUGAUUUCGACCUCGGAUAUGUCCAGGGUAUGAGUGAUUUGCUUGCUCCACUUCUCUUCGUUUUAGACGACGAGGUGGAUGCCUUUUGGUGUUUUUCGGCGUACAUGGAGCGUGUAAGUUUAAACUUUCACCUAGACCAGGCUGGCAUUAAACGGCAAUUGAGCCAGCUCCGAAUGCUUGUACAAGCUGUUGAUCCGCACUUGGCUUCCUAUCUUGACACUCGCGAUUCUGGCAAUUUGUUUUUCUGCUUUCGCUGGCUUUUGGUCCUGUUCAAGCGUGAGUUUAAUUACCCCCAAAUCUUGCGCUUAUGGGAAGUCUUUUGGACGGAUGGACCGUUCCACGGCGACGAAGAGUCACUUUCAGCUACCAACUUUCACUUGCUGGUUGCUCUCAGUAUUUUGGAUAGUCAAAGAAACACAAUUUUAGAAAAUCGCUUCGGAUUUACUGAAAUUCUCAAGCAUGUGAACGAUCUGGCAUUGUACAUUGACCUGGAAGAAGCUUUAGCCAAGGCGGAAGGAAUAUUCAUACAACUCAAAGAUUCUCCAUCGGUGGGCUCAGAGGUCCGUCGAAUUCUCGGACUAAGAGAAAUGAGCGAAUCAUCCGAAGACAGUCCAUCAUCUAAUAGUACGGAUUCUCUAUUAGAGGAGCGCUAUGAAACUGCUCUCGGCCUUCAUUAUCUGUAAAGUACUGAUUACUAUUAUAAGUUUAUAACACUACUUUUACGUUGUAUUUUUCUUGGGCUGUUAUAUUCCACGCGUACUCGUUAAUAUAAGGUCAUAGAUUA